AUGGCACAACCCAAAAUGAAUAUGCCCCGAACAGCCCAACAUUUUUUAGAGUGUGGCAUUCAAGAAUGUGAGAGAAACUGUGAAUUCUAUUGCAACUCCUGUCAUCACAAAUUGUGCAAACAAUGUAGAGAUGAACAUCUGAAAAGUCCAGAAAACAAGAAGCAUGAAGUGGUGCUUUACCAGCAGCGUAAAGGAAAACUUGUUGAGAAAUGCAAGAUCCACCCCACUAAAGAUGUGGACAUGUUUUGUGAAGAAUGCCAAGUUCCAUUAUGCUCUAAAUGCGCUACAAAAAUACACCAAAAGCAUACAUUUAUUGAUCUUGAAGUAACCUAUGCAGAGAAAAUUGUGCGCUGCCAAGAGGAAAUGUCCAGAAUUCACGAUUAUUUUCUCCCCACUUCACAUGCUUUACAUAAAAAAAAUACAGAAGAGUUCUUACAAAUCAAAACAAUGAUGGACAACAUCAGAACAUCCAUGAAGACUGAAGGUGAGUCCCUGAAAAGUCUGGUGGACACAGUUGUAUCUGAGAGCAUAAAACAGCUAGACCAGAUGGAGAAAUCCCUAUUAGAAGAUUUAAAAACUCAAGACAAGACAUUGGAUGAUUACAUCACUUACCUUAAUAACCUUGUCAAAGAGCUCCACAGAUGCCUGUACUCUACAGAACCCCAAAAAAUAAUAUAUGCAAAGAAGACGAUUAUCCGAUCCAUACCAGAGACAACAAAACCAGUCACACCAGAAUUUACUGCUGGUCAAUACAGCAAAAGCGAUGUUGCCGAAUUACUUGACAGAAUCUGGAUCAGUGACAAUGACGGUAAUUUUGUCCAAACAGAUCUACAGGGGAAUGAGUUACAGAAGAUUAUAAUCAGAGGUGGAUAUGACGGUUAUCACACAGUCACACAGGACGGGAUUCUGAUCUUUGCAGAUAGAACAAAAAAAGUUAUAAUUAGGGUCACGCAGAAUGGCAAUUGCACUGAAUUCAUUGAAACAGGGAACUGGGAACCAUUCAGCAUACAUUCCUCCCACAUCAACGGGGACUUACUUGUAGGGAUGUGGAAAGAUAAACAGGCUAAAGUCACCAGGUACAACAAGACAGGAAAACAACUUCAGAACGUACAGAAGGGCAACGAAGAACGGGGACUGUAUAGUGUACCACAUUACAUAACAGAAAACACGAAUGGAGAUAUCUGCACAGCAGAUUAUAAUGAAGGAAUAGUGGUGGUGAAUAAAUCUGGACAACACAGAUUUUCCUACACCGGUCAGAAGUUAAAGUUUCGUCCCUUUGGAAUAUGUACUGAUGUCCUCGGUCACAUCCUGGUGUGUGAUAGCAAUAGUGAAACUGUUCAUCUCCUUGAUCAGGACGGUCAGUUCUUGCAUCUAUUACUCACACGACAGCAAGGGGUAGACCGUCCCCGUAGUCUGUGUGUGGAUAAUAAAAACAAUCUCUACAUUGGGCAACGGGAUUCCAAAACACUGACAGUGUACAAAUAUCUUCAGUGA